UGGCUGGCCCAUUUGCGUCUCAACCGCUUCCACCUCCUCCUUCGAAUUCCUCGGCGACUGAGGAUGAAGGGGAACCACCCAUGAAGAAGCCGCGCCUGAGUCCACUUACUUCUGACGAGUUCUACAAGGCAAAUGGUCGAUACCACUGCAGGCUCUGUGAAGCACGUCAGGGUGCGCACACCACGGGGCGAUACGGCGACAUAUAUCGCCACAUCCGUGAAUCAGGCAAACACGGUGGCGAGCUCGCAGGCUUCCGGAUCCUCAAGUCUACACCAGCCCGCUUCUUCUUCGUCCUGCCGGGACUAGUCGACUUCAACUUGAACGCAUCGCUCUUGAGUCCGUCCAACCGACUGGCGAUUCGACGAAGGGUUGACGACGACGAUGCAGCAGCAGUCGCACAACGGCCGCCCACGAAGCGCCGGAGGCCCGGGGUGAGGGUGCAGGCGACACCCACCGCGCUGCAUAGCACAAGCGCUAGCCAGCCCUCACUCGGGGUCGUCAAUGUCCUCUUCAUCUCCCUCCGGGUCCUCCCAUCCACCUCCUCCUCCCCGUCGUCGUCCCACGUCUCAUCCGCAUCGUCCACCUCGCCACCUCCGUCUAUCCAUUCAUCCAGCUUCACUCACCUUCCCGACGGACGCUACCGGUGCAAAAUCUGCGUUGUUCCCGCAUAUGCAGACACCGAAAAGGACGUUGGAUACGGUUUAUCGGUGGCCUUGCGGCAAGCCGCGCCUUUUGGGAAAGAGGAAGGAUUCUCACAAGCGGCAUGCUCCCUCUUCUUCGAUCCUCCGAAACGCAACCUUUGGUACGACACGCCGCUCGCUAUGCGUACGAGUGUGAAUCUAGACAUCAGCGGGCGGAGUUGCAUUCGGAUCCCUCGCGAUGACGAAAUUUCCUCAAUUCCGUAUCGAGCGCCUGCAUUACGCGUGCGUUAGG